AUGGCUUCCGCCCUACGAGCUUCGCGCGGCUUGCGCUCAAUGGGCCGAGUCGCGGCUGGCCCUGCGAGGUGCUCGUUCAAGUACACGUCCGUCCGGGCGUUGGCGAAUUCGUCGUCCGCCGAGGCGUCAUUCCUCCCCGACGAGCCUGUUGGGCCGAAGGUGGUGACGCCGAUUCCAGGCCCGAAGAGCCAGGAGCACAUUGCGGAACUCAACAAGGUGUUUGACACCCGCAGUUUGAACAUGUUGGCAAACUACCAGAAGAGCUAUGGCAACUACAUCUCCGAUCCGGACGGCAACGUGCUGCUCGACGUGUACGCCCAGAUCGCCUCCAUCCCCGUCGGCUACAACAACCCGGCGCUUCUCGAGGCCGCCAAAUCCGACCAGAUGAUUUCUUCCCUGAUCAACCGACCGGCGUUGGGUAACUUCCCGUCGCACGACUGGGCGUCGAUCCUCGAGACGGGCAUUCUGCGCGUGGCACCCAAGGGCCUGAACCAGGUCUUCACUGCCAUGGCCGGCUCCGACGCAAAUGAGACUGCUUACAAGGCCGCUUUCAUGUGGAAGAAACAGCAAGAGCGUGGUGGGCCCGAUGUGGAAUUCACAGAGCAAGAGAUGACCAGCACCAUGGUGAACCAGAAGCCAGGCUCGCCGGACAUGUCGAUCAUGUCGUUCAAGACCGCCUUCCACGGCCGUCUGUUUGGCAGUCUGUCUACGACUCGCAGCAAGCCCAUCCACAAGCUGGAUAUCCCGGCCUUUGACUGGCCCCAGUGUUCGUUCCCCAACCUCAAAUACCCUCUCGAAGAGCAUGUCGAGGAGAAUGCGGCCGAGGAGAAGAGAUGCCUGGAAGAAGCUGAGCACAUUAUCAAGAACUAUCAUAACCCCGUGGCAGCGGUCGUGGUCGAGCCUAUCCAGUCUGAGGGCGGUGACAACCACGCGAGCCCAGCUUUCUUCCAAGGACUCCGAGAGAUCACCCGCCGCAACAAUGUCUUGUUGAUUGUUGAUGAGGUCCAGACCGGCGUUGGAGCCACCGGCAAAUUCUGGGCACAUGACCAUUGGAACCUGCAAGAUCCCCCCGAUAUCGUCACCUUCUCCAAGAAGGCACAGACGGCCGGUUACUACUUUGGCAACCCUGAGCUCCGUCCCAACAAGCCAUACCGACAAUUCAACACCUGGAUGGGUGACCCAGCGCGCGCCAUCCUCUUCCGGGCGAUCAUCGGCGAGAUUGAACGACUGAACCUUGUCGAGCAUACAGCCAAUGUUGGUGACUAUCUUUAUGGAGAGAUCGACAAACUGGCCAGGCAAUACCCCGAGAAAUUCCAAAACCUUCGAGGCAAAGGCCAAGGUACUUUCAUUGCCUUUGACAACCCCAAGCGCGAUGAGUUCCUGCUCAAGGCCAAGUCACUUGGAAUCAACAUUGGUGGCAGUGGUGCCUCUGCCGUCCGCCUUCGACCUAUGCUGAUCUUCCAGAAGCAUCAUGCCGAUAUUCUUCUGGACGGUUUCGAAAAGUUGGCCAAGUCUGUAUAG